UCCAGGUACCCUUAGAGGGGCUGAGAUCCUAGGGAUUCCUGGAGCCUGGCUGCAUGGCCUGGCCAUCCUGAUGCCCUUGUGUUCUCCAUGACAGGGCAGCAAAGCCGAGGAGAAUGGCUCCAACAGCUUCAUGCACUCCAUGGACUCACAGCUAGAGCGGCAAAUGGAAACCACCCAGAACCUGCAGGACUCACACAUGGCCAUUGUCAACAACACCAUGUGGGACCUCAUGGUUGGUGUCACGCCCAAGACCAUCAUGCAUGUCAUGAUCAACAACACCAAGGAGUUCAUCUUCUCGGAGCUGCUGUCCAACCUGUACUCACGUGGGGACCAGAACAUGCUGAUGGAGGAGUCAGCAGAGCAGGCACAGCGGUGCGCCGAGAUGCUGCGCAUGCACCACGUGUUGAAGGAGGCACUCAGCAUCAUCGGCAACAUCAACAUGGCCACCAUCAGCACGCCCACGGGGUCUGUGGACAACUCCUGGCUGUAGGUGCCGAGAGUCCUUGCU